GAUCAGUCCUUUGUUUUAGCUCACGCUCAUCGUGUAGCUAGCUGUCCAUGGUGCUGAACGUUUAUGAGCCGUGUAGACAUUCCCGCAGGCUAGUUAUUAGGCUAUAUGUGUUCCUGCGGCUUCUACAAUUUAAGUGGCAACCAGGUAGCCUACCACUGUGUUGGAUCCAAAACACAUUACAUCUGCUAGGCCUAUCUCUGAUGUCAUGCUUUGGGUCUAUUGGUUGAAGUAUAUUGACGACCUUAUCAUUUGGAAAUAUUGAUUAAGUUUGAUCCAUUUGAGCAUUAUUUUGCAUUUAGCACUACAUAGUUUCAGUCAUUUAGAUUCAAGGAAAAAAGACAGGAAAAUAAGGUUGCGUUUACGUGUUGGAACGUGGCCUAGGAGGCGAAGUGGCGUAGCUUGGAAUCAGGAAGUGAUUGAAGGUGUAUGCCAAUGUUUCUGUGGUUUUCUGUAUUAUUAUCAGCUUAGCUAGGUUAGCUAACGUUUACGUUGUAAUCAAAAUGGGACUGUUCGGGAAAACACACGAUAAACCACCGAAAGACCUGGUAAAUGAAUGGUCGCUCAAAAUCAGGAAGGAGAUGAGAGUGAUUGACAGACAAAUUCGAGACAUUCAGAGGGAGGAGGAGAAGGUAAAGAGAUCCAUUAAAGAUGCUGCUAAAAAGGGACACAGGGACGUGUGUGUGGUUCUUGCAAAAGAGAUGAUCCAGUCGAAGCGUGCAGUCAGCAAACUUUAUGCCUCCAAAGCCCAAAUGAACUCUGUACUACUCAGCAUGAAGAACCAGCUUUCUGUAUUGCGUGUAGCUGGGGCCCUUCAGAAGAGCACAGAGGUCAUGAAAGCCAUGCAGAGCUUAGUAAAGAUCCCAGAGAUCCAGGGCACCAUGAGGGAGCUGUCUAAGGAGAUGAUGAAGGCUGGUAUCAUAGAGGAGAUGCUGGAGGAUACCUUUGAAAGCAUGGAGGAUGACGAUGAGAUGGAGGAGGCAGCAGAGGCGGAAGUUGAUAAGAUCCUCUUUGAGAUCACAGCAGGUGCCCUUGGCAAAGCACCCAGCAAAGUCACCGACGCCUUGCCUGAAAUGGAGCCUCCUGCCGCAGCCGCAGAGGAUGAUUCGGAGGAGGACAUUGAGGAGAUGCAUUCUAGACUGGCAGCCUUAAGGAGCUAAGAUUGACCUCUUGACCUCUUUCUGUCCCCUUAAAGCCCUUUUGCCUGCCCAAGGAUGUACAAGGUCAAUUUUGAUGUACGGUUUACCUAGUCUCUUCUCAACUACAUUUUGUCUCUUUCUUUCACAUUAUUAUUUUGGGCUGAGAACUUUUCAAUGCUUAGGGCUAAAUAACACAUCAGAUCUGUUCUUAUGAAAGGGGGAUUUUAUGAUUUUACACAAACUGGGGAAGCCCAGAAAUCACUCGAUGUGUGGUGUGACAUAAAAAAAAAAAUUCAUACUGGCCCCCCAUGGGAAUCGAACCCACAACCCUGGCGUUGCAAACACCAUGCUCUACCAACUGAGCUACAGUGGGCUCUCAUGAUAGCUGAAAAUAAGAAGGACCCAUCCGUAUCUAAAGAGCUGAGUGUGGUCUGAUUCUUUUGGUCUUGUAUUUGGGGAAGUCGAGGCUCCUCCAAUUGGGUGGAUUAGAGACUUUUACUCUGAGCCGGUCACUGACAUAUCUAAUCUGUAAUGGAAACGUCUUGCUCUACAUUGAGAAAUUAAAUGAGUGACUCAUCACAUUUAAGUGUUCAUGAAACUUUAAUCCAUGAAGUUCAUGAAACUUUAAUCCAUCACUACUCUGAUCUAGUUCCAAAUUUGAUACAAUAUAUUACAUUUUAUACAAUAUAUUUCAUUCACUUUCAGCACCUGAAACACUAGAACUGAAUAGUGAACUUCUUUUGGUAGUUUGUCUCUGUAUAGUACAUAUGUAUCUAUAUUAUGUUGUCUUAUAUAAAGUUGUUUGGAGGGAUAAAGAAUGCACGCAAAAUGGUCUAACAGAUUUUUUACAUUGAGAUCCAGCUUCUUUAACUGUAUAUUGUUGGCCUCAAAAGUCCUAAUAAUUUGUUGUGCUUAUUCAGUAAAAAAUAAAAAAUGAUUUGUUAGUUUAGUUUCA